AUGAAGGUCUCUCAAGCAGAUGCCGCCAAGCCGCAGGUCGAUGUCAACGAUGCCGAGCGCCUCAAGCAGAUCGCCAAGCGCAAGGAGCAGAACCGCAAUGCUCAGCGGAGGCUUCGGGAGCGCAAGGAAGAAUACACGAUGCAGCUCGAAGCCCAGGUCGCCGAGCUGCACCGACGCUCGCAGACACAAGAGGAGCACAGCCACUACCUCCGCGAGAUCCUCGAGCGGAUCAGGAUGGAGAAUCAGGUCCUCAGCCAGCAGCUGGCGAUGGUCUCUGGCUCGCCGGAGACCGUACAUCGAUCCUCUGUCGAUUCAUCUGCGCCCACCGCCAACGUCGCCCAGCCCUUCGCCACGAACCGGCCGCGGCAUUCGAGCGAGAGCUACGCCGCCUCGUCUCAAGGCCUAAGCCUGUGGCCCCCCUCGAUCGAUCCGUCGCACACGACCGACAUGCCUCGGCCUUUCGGUGGCAACCUUGCGCCCCACGAGACGAUCACCCACUCGCAGAGUCCGCUCCUGGCACCGGCACCUGCGCAACCCAGGAGCGCUACCGGCCUUCCUGCCGCUGCCGGCGGCUUCACCUUCCCGACCAUCCUGCAUCCUGCCGCAGCGCCCAUCUCACGCGCAUCAGAGGCGACGAACGCUCGCCACCCGCACCCGCACCCGCAACAGCACCUGCGCCAACCACCGCAGCAUCCGCAUCCUCUGCCCGAACCACUGCACCGGGCGUCGGCAUCGCCACUCGCUUCGGCUUCGGACGGGAUGUUGAGCCCGAUGGCGCUGCGUGGCAGUCUCAACCGAUAUGGCAGCGGGCAGACGGAGAUCACCGUGCCGUCCGACAGCUCCGAAUCGGAUCCGCCCGCCGCCAAGAUGCGAUGUCGGGGGCUGAGCGUGAGUCGCAAGCAAAGCGGCCCGAUGGACGUCGACAUGGAUCCGGCUGCUGCUUCCUCCUCGGUCGCGGCCAGCACGACCAUGCCGGCCUCGCUCAACCAGCAUCGAUCUGGCGCUUCGAGCAGCAUGCAGCCCGAACACGGCACCCGUGCCCCCGAGGCGAACAGCAUGUUUUCCCGUGGCUUGCUUGAGCACCGCCAGGCAGCAGGCUCCUCGGCCGCCAGCGCGUCCGGCGCUGCCGCCAUCAACAACAGCGACCAGUGCAUGCAUUCGUGGCUGAACCCGGGCAACUCGGGCAUCGAGCACGAGCAGGAUCUGGUGCUGGCCAACAUGCCGUCCCAGGACGUGUCGGGCCACCUCAAGCCGAUCGGUGCCACGCCUGGAGCAUUGGGCCUGACCACUCACGGUGACGGCUGGACAAUCUCGCCCUGGGUCAACUUCACCUCGAGCCCGCUCGACCAAGUCGAUUCGAGGCAGUCUGUGCGACUGGACGGGGCGGGGCCCACAGAGUACGACUCCUUCGGACGUCCCACCUCGCUCGCAUCGCGACGCGGCUUCUCGGGAAAGCUCGAACUCGGCGCCCAUGUCCUGGAACAGUGA